GGUUUUCGUAGCCUUGAGGUUUUGGUCGAGGUUCGCACGAGAUGCUACUUUAGCCGUGGACGAUUGGUUAGUGCUGAUCGCCCUGGUUUUACUUGGAGUGGAGUUCGGUGGUCUCGUUCUUAGUAUGUUGGUCCGAACCAAGCUGUGACGAUGGAGACUCAUACUGGUAGUGAUCAAUCACGGACUCGGUCGACACCGGGGUGCCUUGGAACAAUCAGAUGCCGAGCUGCAAUCGAAAUUUUUCCUUCUUGUUGAAGUUGCGUAUGUUAUCGACAUCACCGUUACGAAACUGUCGAUCCUUUCGAUGUACUACCGAGUAUUCCCAGUCAGAAGCAUGAAGAUUGGCGGUUGCAUAAUUGGCGGCAUUACAAGUCUUUGGACCAUAACGAUUUUAUUCGUUACUGGUUUCCAGUGCAUGCCCCUGGAGAAGUUCUGGAGGCCAUGGGUUGCUGGCCGAUGCUUUGAUACUAAGAUCAUAACCUUUGGGCUUUCGAUCCCUAACAUCAUUACGGAUAUCGCGAUUCUGACCUUGCCGUUACCACAAAUUUGGCGUAUGAACGCCGAUAUUCGCCAGAAAUCCUUGCUUUCUGCAGUCUUCCUCCUAGGAAGCCUUGCAACCGCAACGAGUGUCUAUCGCCUAGUUGUAUCUUUCAUGGGACUUGACAUACGUGAUAUUCCAUAUACUAUAUCAUCGCCUUGCAUCUGGAGUAUGAUAGAUCUGAGUAGUGGCAUUAUGUCGGCUUGCUUACCCACCAUGGUUAGUUACACCUUCGGCAUCAAUGUACAGACAGGAUCAGGAGUCGCAAGCUGA